CUCAUUGUAUAUACAUCAAUCGAUUGAACAAUGAAAAUGCCCCCCAUACCCUUGAUCGAGGUUCAAAAAUCAACCUUGGGUGCUUGCGAUGCCCACACAGCGUCGAUAAAUCUUUGCGACGUUUGUCAGAAGCUCGAUAUCCAAGAACUCCUCGCUCAAUCUGAGGCUCAGCCAUCAACCAGAGAAGAAACUGUACUGACCGGUCUUCUCUACGACUUCUUGGAAUACAAACCUGGGUUGCCCAAUUUCUUCCAGCAUCAAAGCAGCUUAGGUGCCCUGAAAGCAUCCGCGAACACUGGCUGCACGUUCUGCAGAUUGAUCUUCAAGUCAUGGUCAACAAGUGCGGAGAGGUCCGAGACGGUAGACAAAGCGAUUGACGAUGCUAGACAAGGCCAAUUGUUUAUUGGCACGAGUAGUCACAAUGUCUCCAAAGCCGAGAUGCCUAUCAUCAUUGUCACGCAACGGCCAGAUGGCCAAUCAUCUCGUACCUUGUGCACAUUUGAUGUCUUUUCUGAAAGACACUCCGUAGCUCGAAAAAUUUCAAAGUUUGUAGGAACGCCAGUUGCCCCUCACUCGGACUCGGAACUAUGCCGGGUGACAGGAAUGGAAUGGUUUCAAGAGUGCCUCCAUAACCACCCAGAAUGUGGCCCUGCAAGGUCAUUUCGCCGGCCCACGAGGCUCAUAAAUGUCGGAAGGAAGAGAAAUAUUGAUCCUCACAUUGAGGUGGACGAAGCCCCAAGCACCAUCUCCUGGGCAGCACUGAGCUACUGCUGGGGACCUGGUAUCGCCAAGUUUACUCUCAGGAGUGACACCUUCGAGGACUUCAGAGCCGGCAUUGCCUUGGAGAAAUGGCCAGCAACGCUCCGAGAUGCCAUCCGGAUUACCCAGAACUUGGGACUGCAGUAUCUUUGGAUCGAUGCGUUAUGCAUAUUGCAAGAUUCCGCCACCGACUGGCGGGUUGAAGCCGCGCGAAUGCAGGAUGUGUACUCUGGCGCUGCAGUCACCAUUAUAGCUUCCGAGUCCCCCUCCACCGCUGCCGGGAUCUAUGCUCCUCGGCCACCUUUCACGUGUGAACCCUGUCAGCUGCCGUUCCGAGAUAGUGGGGAGCAGUCCACCGUUUGGCUUCGACCAAGCUUUUGUAACGCAGUUGAUAUGUCAUACACGAAUCCACUUCAGAGGCGGAUUUGGACUUUGCAAGAGAGCCUAUUGGCGCCACGGAGCUUGUCGUUCCGUAAGGAUCAAGUCAUGUGGGAAUGCAGCAGGGGACGGUUUACGGAAGGUGGUCAUAUGGUGAUGAUGGAUCAUCUAUUUGAUAGCAAAGACUUCUUCCACAACAAAAUUUGGAAGAACAGAGCAAAUGCUGUAUAUCGAGGCCUGCAAUUUGGCCUCCUCAAGCAGGUAUGUGCGCUCGAGACGCAGAAAAGUCGAAUUGGGUGGUUGCCAAAAUAUAUGACAAGCUCAGGUUACAACAUGGAAAAUUCUUUGAAUCUGAACCCCUACUCUCGAUGGCAUGAGAUCAUCUUCGAAUACAGCAGACGAAACUACGCCAAGGAUACCGACAUACUCCCUGCCCUUGGAGGUGUAGCCCGUGCCUUUGCAGACAUAACGAAAGACAAGUACUGCGCUGGAAUGUGGGAGUCCGAGCUUUUGCAGUCUCUUUGUUGGUGGCGACAGGGCGUCCUGCUUGACAAGUCCAAGAAAAGAUUAUACGGGCCAUCAAACAUGGACUUUACGAGACCGACUGCUUACCGAGCUCCGUCCUGGUCUUGGGCUGGCAUCAAUGGUGGGCGAGUUACGAUGUCUAAUAUUGCUAUUAGUGACGAUAUUCCCAUCAAGAACAUCGCAACACCUGUCAAGAUCUAUCUUGAGCCUUUGGCUGAAGAUCUGUAUGGCCAGCUUAAGUCUGGCUAUCUUACCAUCAAGGGUUCUCUAUUCCCGCUAGGCGACCUGUCAGUAGAGUACUGGCGAAAUAUAUCGCCUUCCUGGGAAACAUACAAGAGCUUGCCCAAAAGCAACAAAGUGGACUCAGAGACUUGCAAAUACCCAGCCUUACAUGCAUUCACCGUGCAGCUGCUGAACGGGAGAUCCAACGCAACGUUUGAGUUCGAACAGCAACAUACCUCACACCCAAAUCAAAGAUUUGCCGCUUUCUUGAUAGCGCUUACAGAAGGCGUAUCAGAAGAAGACAAGAACGAGGGGAUAGAAUCUAUGACAGGAGCCGCGAAUCUUCUACUUCUAGAAUCAAUUGAUUCGAAAGACGGCGAAUAUCGACGUAUCGGUGUUGCUGUUGUGAGGAGGCCUGGGGAAUUAUCCGUUAUUGUCCCUGAGACGCGUGUAACUGAGACAAACAAGUGGAAGGAUCUCGGGGAUGAGCACUGGAAGAGGUUUGAGAAUGAGGUUUGUAUGCCAAUAAUUGAUGCGCUUGAGGCUAAGGCGUGGAUUGAGGUUGCUAAACACUCUCCAAAGAGAACAACGAUUCGAAUUAUGUAGCCUUUAGCCCGAGAUCAUUCAGGUCUUUCAGCGCUUUCAAUAGGAUUUGUAUUCUCUCUUCUCUCGUGAACUAUUCCCCAAAGUACUAGCUUUUAAGGAAAUUCUAUCAAGAGCACAUAUUACCAUUAUAAAAUC